CAAAAAGUAAUAUCGGAGAGAGUAUUUUAGUUUUCACUACGACUGCAAGUUGUUUUAUUAUCCAUAUGAAUUGAUGUUACACAUAAGAAACAUUAUAUGUCGUAAGGAUCAUGGCAAAUAUCAGUGAUCUGAGAAAGAGAGGUUGUUUCGUCACUAACCUUAUAGGACUUCUGUUGGUAAUACUGGUUAUAUGUCUGCUAGUGGUAGUGGCAGUCUUGGUUUAUUUUACAACGUUGGAUAUUAAAUGUUCUUCGUCGAAUGAUGAAUCAGAUGGGAAGGUACUGCAUAAAUCGCCGUCUGUUGAGAGGAAUUUUCGACUACCACCCAACUUGUACCCGACUGUUUAUACCGUUGAGAUUCAGCCAUUUAUCUAUGGGGACAACUUGAAAGACUUUUUCUUCUCUGGUCACGUUGGAAUAGAAGUAGAAUGCAGGUCAUCAACAAACGAAAUUAUUCUUCACAGUAAAAUGUUAAAUAUUACAGAAAAUUCUAUCGAAAUUCGUGCGAGCGGAAGACAGAACGACACAAUAAAUUCUACUUUAGAAUAUGAUACAAACAAUGAGUUCAUAAUACUGAAACUGAGUAGAUUGAUGGUAGCAGGAAACAGAUAUACUGUAGAGAUGGGAUUCGAUGGACAUUUCUCGGAAGAUUUAGUUGGAUUGUAUCUUAGUUCGUAUGUUCGUGACAACUCUACGGUAUUUCUUGCUACAACGCAAUUUGAAGCUACUGAUGCCAGAAGAGCAUUUCCAUGUUUCGACGAGCCCGCAAUUAAAGCAAAAUUUAAUAUAACUCUCGUCAGGAAAAACCAUAUGACGUCCUUGUCAAAUACUCGUAUUAAUUAUCAAGAAAAUAGAACGGAUGAUUGGGUUGCUGACCAUUAUGAAGAAACCCCUUUGAUGUCAACUUAUCUCUUGGCCUUUAUUGUUUGUGACUUUCAAUACACCAGUGACGUCACCAAGAACAAUGUACUAUUUAGGUCAUGGGCAAGGAAUGAAGUAGUGGACCAAACGCCUUAUUCAUUGAAAGUUGGAAUGAGCAUCUUAACAUAUUUUGAGAACUUUUUCAAUAUCAGUUUUCCUCUAGCCAAGACAGAUAUGAUAGCUGUUCCAGAUUUUCAAGCAGGUGCAAUGGAGAAUUGGGGUCUUAUUACAUACCGUGAAACAUCUAUGUUAUAUCAUCAUCUGGAAGACUCGGAGUCCAGGAAAGAAAUAGUUACAAGUAUAGUAUCUCAUGAACUGGCACAUAUGUGGUUUGGUAACUUAGUAACCCCAUCAUGGUGGGGAGAUAUCUGGCUGAAUGAAGGAUUUGCUAGUUAUUUUCAACACCUUGGUGUAGAUCAUGUUCACCCAGACUGGAACAUACUAGAGUUUUUCACUUCUACUAUUCACCGAGCUAUGACCAUGGAUAGUCUGGUGUCCAUACAUCCUGUCUUUGUAAAUGUGUCGGACAAUAAACGGAUCGAGAAUAUGUUUGAUACUAUUACCUAUAGCAAGGGUGCGUCUAUAGUUCGUAUGAUGAGGUUCUUUCUAGGAAAACAAACAUUUAAACGAGGACUACAGCGUUACCUGAAGAACCAUCUAUAUGGCGUUACUACACACGAUGAUCUGUGGUAUUCAUUGGGCAACCAAAGUAAAAUUGACAGAAAUCCUAAAUUCAUUCAAAACAUAAAACACAUAAUGGAUACAUGGGUAAUGCAAAUGAACUACCCAACUGUGUUCAUCAAACGGGAUAGCGAUGACCUUGUCCUCACGCAAUCACGAUACCUUUUGGACACAGAAGCCAUUGAUCCCAGCACAUAUAAAUCCACAUUUGGAUAUAAGUGGGUUAUACCUGUGACGUUUACUACAAGUCUUAAUUUACGUUUUAUUCAAUCAGCUACGGACAUAACUUGGAUGGAUAUACAUCAUUCAGAUGUAACCAUCUCCAGUGCAAUGAGUGGGUCAUCGUCCAAUGAUUGGUACAUAGGAAAUGUAAUGCAGAACGGCUACUACAGGGUGAAUUAUCCGGAGGAGAACUGGAUCAAACUUAUCCAGCAACUCAAAACAGACCAUACGAUUAUUCCUCCUAUUAAUAGGGCACAGAUAAUAAACGAUGCAUGGAAUCUUGCUAAAUCAGGAGAUGUGAAUACUUAUAUUGCAUUGCAAACCUUAGACUAUCUGGCAAAAGAGGAUAACUAUGUACCAUUAAGAGCUGCUUGGACGGAAAUAUUGUAUCUACGUGAAGCUGUCAUUGAAACAGAUCUUAACAGUACAUUUUUGAAAGUUGUAAAGAGAAUAUUUUCGAAGCAAUUCAAUAUGAUUGGAAUGGAUAAUACAGGUGCUGGGCAUACAGAAACAAUGACACGACGUGCGAUUGUUCGUUUUGCAUGUUUCUAUGAGAGCGAGGAAUGUAUUCGAAACUGUACAGAUAUCUUUAAAAAGUAUAUGGACAAUCCAGACGAAAAUCCAAUCGACGUCAAUCUACGUUGGACUGUUCUUUGUACAGCUGUUCGAAAUGGUGGUCUUAAGGAAUAUGAACUUCUAGAAAGAAAGUAUAAAGCAUCGGAUAUUUCAUCAGAGAAGUCUACACUUCGUUACGCCUUGUCGUGCAGUAAAGAUGUAAACAUUAUACGAAGGUAUUUGAAAAACAUUUUGCAUACUGAGGACGUUCCAAAGGAAGAUGCCGUAAAAGCUGUUCUACAUAUUUCUACAACAGAAAUCGGUCGUCUGCAAGCGUUAGAAUUUAUCAAGGGAAAUUGGGAUGUUAUUUUUAAUAGACUGGUUAAAAGCGCAAAAGAGCAAGAAAAAUUAUUGUCCGGUAUUUACGAUAUGACGAGGACAGCCGAGGAAAUAAAGAAGUUUGCGUACUUGAUUAAAGAUUCCCCGACGAUGAUGAAACUAAAUCAUAAGCCAGGGGUAGAACAAUCGAACAGCAGAUACAAAUGGAGCAAAAGGAAUUAUCAUAAUAUCAAAAAGUGGUUGCUGGACCAAAACAUUUGAGAGUCCAUAUCUCUACCGUGUUUCAUCAGCCCUUGAACUAACCUGUUGCGAUGAUCUGACUUUUAAGUAACAAAUAAGUUGUCUGCAGAUAAAGUUGGUGCUUUUCUAUUAGACAAUUGAUAAAUUGUAAUAUAAUAGUACUGUAUUAUUUAUAUAUUGAAUGAAGAUAUGUGAAAAGUAGGUUAACAGAUGUA